UACCAAUCUAAGGCCACCAAGGUAGUAAAGACAGUGAUAGCAGCUCUUAAAGAAUCUCAAUCUCAAUCUAGUAGUCCUACUACUAAUGUUAAUACAUCUACUUAUAUCCAAGAUCCUACUCAACAGGCUCUCCAAAACACUGGUCUAGAUGCCGAAGUCGCAGAAGUUAUCAAAGCUUUCACAGAAGGACCACCAGCUGGACUUGAUAUUAAAGAUCAAAAUGAAAUCUCUGCAGCUCUCGGAAAACUCGAAACUGGUGGACAACCCAAACAUGAUGCCAUUGAUGCAGUCCAAGCCAAAAUUGAAGAAGCUGUUGCCAAAGCUAUUGUAAAGGCCGUCAUAGCAGCUCUCAAUAAAGCUGCUAGUGCUGGUAAUGUUAAUCCAGAAACUCAUCUCCAAACUCCCACCACAACUGUCCUCACCAAGGUCAAACUCCAAUCCCAACUCGGAGAAGUUGUCGCAGCACUCAAACAAAAAAUUAGCUUUUCAGAAGGUACUACUCAAGUCACUAAUGCUCUCACAGCACUUAAAGAAACUAUUAGUGAUGAUCCCAAACAAGAUGCCAUCGGUGCAGUCAAAACCCCACUCAAAGCCACUACUGUUCAGGCCGCUAGAGAUCUAACCGGUCCUGCCACAGAUGUUCUCCAGAAGGUCAAACUCCAAGGACAGGCCGGUCAAAUUCCUCAAGCUCUCCAACAUGUCAGUAUUAGAGCUGAUACUACUAAAAUAGCUGCAGCCAUCAACACACUCACUACUCAAAAAACUACUGCCAUCGACCAAGUCCAAAAAAAACUCAAAGCUGAUAGUUCUGAUGCCAAAGCCCAAUUCGUUAGUCUGUUCCACAUUAAGGGCACUGAUGGCUACAGUAGUCUAGAUAGUGCCCAUUGGUACAUUAUGUUUCCAUUUCUUAUGGUCCUGGUUGGUAUGGGACUGGUCUUCUGCAUAUAUCCAGCCAUAGCUCCUGGAAUGAUUGUUCCAUUUUACCUAGUGGAUAAGAUUGAGAUGGUUCUGUUGAUCAUGACCAUAUUUCCAGCUCUGUAUGUAGCAAUUGCCAGAAGUGGUAAACUGAUACAAGGUUUUGGUGGUUUCUUCAAUCCCGUGUCUCCUACAUGUAAUUGGGGAGCCAAAAAUGAACCUGUUUGGCUACCAAGUGAUUUAGGCUCAGGAUACCACUGGCACCUAACUGACCUAGUGAUUCCCACAAUGAUCAUUUUAGCCUAUUUAUUUAUUUACUCACUGCAUUACAGAGACUCAUCAGUUGCCAGAUCAAUCAUCAACCAACCCAAAAUGUCUACAUGUCUAACCAUUCUAUUCUAUAUGUGUCAUGAGAUCUCAUUGGCUGUAGGAUUUCCAGGUAUCUUUGGUGGUAAUGGAGGUGGUAGCAUCCUAGCCCUUACGGCACAGCUGAUAGGUGCAUUUCUGAUGUGUCUGUUAGCUCCAUAUUCUGAAGGUUACAUUAUUGAGUAUAAGAGACAUGAUCCUAGCAAUUGGCCUACAGCAGGAAUGACUAGGUGGAAUGCCCUUAGGUACUGGACCAAAAUGGCCUCCAAGAACUGCAAUAAGAACCUAGCAGCAUUGUUCACCAAAGACCUGAGAAGAGACCUGUUACUCUGCAUAGAAAGAAAUGAGCUAAUCUAA